AGGAGGGUUUUGGACUUCAGCUGGAGCUGGAUAUUUUUUGCCAGACCUGGCAACCCUGACUAGUUACAACCCCAAACGGAAAAGACGUAGACGAGGAGUCUGUCACUUAAUGAAUGUUUAUCUGCGGUCAGUAGUUGAAUUUCAUGUAUUUAAGUUUAUAUCCUUCAUUCUUAUAAUCAUCACAUGAGUAUAUUACAGACGUUUUCCAAUCUAGGCAGAGUUGUGUAGCGUUAGUUAGUUAGUAAGCUAAUAAAGCUAGCUGUGUUAGCGUGUAUCGGUAGGUUCAGUAUUGUGUAUAACAGCAGUUUGUUAGUAAUGGCUCAGGCGGAUCAGGCAGGGGACAGGCAGCAGCUGGUUCCUCCUCUGGUCCGAUCUCUGGACAGUCGGAUCCCGGUUGGUGUGGUCUUCUGUAACCGCUCUCCCCGCAUGGUUAAACUGCUCUGGAUCGACUUUCGUGGAGAACCGAAGUCCUACGGUGACCUGCAGCCGCAGACCGGGAAGAGGAUCCACACUUUUGUGGGUCAUCCAUGGAUGUUUCGUGAUGCAGAGUCUGAUGACCCAAUGAGGGUGAACAAUAAAGAGAUGUACUUGCCCAAUGCGUUGGAAGACGAAAAAUUGUCAAUAGUCAACAUAACACUACCAGUGUAUUCACUGCAGGACCGCUGUCUACAGGUGGUACGGAAGUUGGUGCGUAGUGAACAUUUUUCUCAUUUGGAAAUUGCUCAUUGUCUUCAAGAGGAUCUUGCACAGAAACCCAGCAUCUACACUGACCUGCAGCGCAUCAGCCAGCGAGUGGAGCAGAGACUCCUGCAGAACAGAGAGGAACAAAACAGAUGAAUAUGUGGACACGGAUACACAGAGACUAUUUUAUCUUCCAGAUGUAUACUCAAAACUACGCUGAGAAUAAUAGAUACCAUAUUUAGAAGAUGCUUAUUUAGUACAUCCAGAAAUGAUGUAUGAAUUACAAAAGACUGAUGGGAGUGGAGGUAAUGAUGAGGUUAUGCUUGAGUUGUGAGUAGCCAUGGUUUGCUGGUAAAGGAUGAACAGUUUUCACUUUUACUUGUCAAGUGGCUCCUGACUGAUGAUUAAGGUGAAUACCAGGGUAAACCCACCCACGUGGAUCUAAACUGUGCCAUGUUUUUGUGUGUAUGUUUUUGUGUGUAAACAUCCUUAGUCAAAGCACUAGGUUACUUGCUUGUUUACACAAGCACAUUUCUAAUUCAUAUUUUUACACAAGAAACAUUAUUAAGGGCUGUACAAUGCUAAAAAAAAACUGGCAAAAUUUGGUUUUAUAACCUUUAACUCUAAACAGUAUAGUGAACUCUUGAUGUAAACAACAGACUGUACAUUAUUAAAAUUCUGUGAUUUGAGACAUCAGUAGCCUAAACCACCUUCACAGUGACAUGCUUACACUACUUACACAUGGAUUGGGACAAAGGCACCUAGUACACAGAAUACAUCCUGUGCAGGGCACUACAAACAUUCGCUCACCAUUCCAUUUACACUUUACACAUUUACACAGAAGCCAGGCCUGAUGUGGCGUUUGCUAUUGAUCGACUGGUGACCAGGCCAAUCACAUGACCAGUCAGGCUUGGUUUAAAAUGGUGACAUGGAAACAUCUUGGGGCUUACCACCUGCAGAGUGAAUAGUAGGGUUUGGAUCCAUUGCCAGCCAGGCUUCAUUUAUAUUUUUACAUGAGUGCCUUGAUGUAGUCUUUAACUGUGAUAACAUUAAAACAAAAAUAUCAAAUGUAUAGCAACUGUAAACAUUUAAAUAUCUAUCACACAUUCCUGUCUGUACAUAAUCCUGUCUGUUACUUUUUAAAGCCAAGGAAAAGUUGGUUUCUGCAGACCCCAAUAUAUUUAUCUUAUGAAGAAAAAACAUUUAUGUUAAGAACAGUAGACAAAUAUGUAUAAGUAGUUCUUUUCUUAAAUAUGUUUUUAUUGUAUUGAUAUUUUGUACUAAUCUAAAUGCCUUCUGAACGCUAUUUAAAUAUUUUUACAUAUAAUUGACUGAAAUAUGAAUAUAAUUAAGUAUAUUUUGUAUGCUCUAACAGGCCAAAAAUAAAGGUCAUUUAUUUUGUUUGAUUUUGGGAGAACAAAUUAAAAUCUGUCGGCACUGCUUCACCUAAUGCAAAUGUAACAGCACUACACACACACAUUUUCAUGUGAAUAGUCAAUCAACCAAGUAAUAUUUGGUCAGUGAUGACCCUUUAGUGGUUUCAUUUUGCUAUAGUAAAUACUUCUUGACUGUAACUUUGCUAUAGUCAGUAGUAUACUACAUAGAAAGGGCAAUUUCUAGUAGCUCUAAUUGGCCUGAUUGCAUGUCUCUGGACUUGUGGGAGAAAACCCAAGCAGACUUAGGGAAAACAUGCAAACUCCACACAGAAAGGACAUCCGACCAGGGAAUUCCAGGUCUUCUUGUUGUAAGGUGACAGUGCAACCCACUGUGCCACUCCAAAUCUUACAUAUUAUAGUGUUAAUUGUUUGAAUUUUUUUUUUAAAUUUUUGUGUGUUAUAAUCAAUGUAGUCGGUUGUAUAUGUACUGGACAAUGUAUGCAAAUUAAGUGUUAAUAUCUGGAUAACAACACAAAAAGAAUUGACACAAUUUGAUCAAAUAUCUGAGUGAACUGAGUGGCGUUGGCUUGUUUACAUUCCUUCCCCAAGGGCCCUUUACUCCACAACAAUCUUUAGUGCUCACAAAUAAAAAAGGUUUUGCAUUUCUUAAAAGCAAACAUGUCAGAAUUUUGUGCUUUAUAAGUAAAUUGUACUUUGUACAGUAAACUGUUUUUGUACUUUACCUUUUAACCACUGAAUUCUAUGCAAUGCCCCUUUAACUGAUCAUGAACCAAAUAUAACCUAAUGCUUUAUGUUCUAUCAUAAAUCUACUUAAUAAAAUGUCAACCAAGUUUUCAGUUCAUCUACACUUCUGUGGUGGCUUGGUGGGUAGCACUGUUACCUCAGUUCGAUUCCAAGAUGGGCAAUCUGGGUCCUUUAUGUGUGGAGUUUGCAUGUGUUGGUUUUCUC